GUAUCACACUGCAUUGAUUGAAUUAAUUCUGGGGCUUUUUGCAUACUUGUGGUGAAGGGAGGUGCAGGAUUUACUUCCCAGAAAUUGAGGAGGGGCCAGUGUACUUGUCUGGUUAAAAAUGCAGACACCGCUGUCAAACUCACGUCGCUUGUUUGCAAACAUGUGGUCGGACAAAGGCAGCUAUGUGCCCAGCCACCAGCAGAAGACAUCCCAGGCAAAUGCAACAGCAAAGCCUGAAACACUGACAACAAAUGGAGGUCUUCCUAUUGGAGUGGCAGCUAGUUCCUUGACUGCUGGAGCUCGGGGGCCAAUUCUUUUGCAAGAUAUGCAAUUCACGGAGGAAAUGGCUCAUUUUUCCAGGGAACGCAUUCCAGAGAGAGUGGUUCAUGCCCGUGGAGCUGGAGCGUUUGGAUAUUUUGAGGUGACAAACGAUAUCACGCAAUACUGCAAAGCCAAAAUGUUUGAUAAGAUUGGGAAAAGAACACCCAUAGCUGUUCGAUUCUCCACUACAGCUGGUGAGGCUGGAUCAGCAGACACUUUGCGAGACCCCCGAGGAUUUGCUGUGAAAUUCUACACCGAGCAAGGGAACUGGGACCUGGUGGGAAAUAACACUCCAAUAUUCUUCAUCAGAGACCCCAUUCUGUUUCCACUUCUUUCUCACGCCCAGAAGAGAAAUCCUCAGACUUUCCUCAAAGAUCCAAAUGCAUUCUGGGAUUUUAUGACCUUGCGACCAGAGAGUCUCCAUGAGGUCUCUAUGCUGUUUACGGAGCGCGGGAUACCUGAUGGCUUUCGGCACAUGAAUGGGUUCGGAAAUCACGCGUUCAAAUUGGUGAAUGCAUCAGGGAAGGCCGUUUACUGCAAAUUUCACUACAAGAGCAAUCAAGGUAUAAAGCACCUGACCCCCGAGAAGGCAACGGAAUUGGCGGGAAGUGAUCCAGAUUACGCGUUAGGAGACCUGUACAAAGCCAUUGAGAAAGGAGACUUCCCAUCAUGGACACUGUACAUUCAGGUCAUGUCCUUCAGAGAAGCAGAACAAUUGCCAUAUAAUCCCUUCGACAUUACCAAAGUCUGGUACCAAAGUGACUUUCCUUUGAUCCCAGUAGGAACAAUGGUAUUAAACAGGAACCCAGUAAAUUACUUUGCUGAAGUGGAACAAUUGGGUUUCCAGCCCAGAAAUCUGCUUCCUGGGAUAGAACCUAGCCCUGAUAAAAUGCUACAUGGUCGACUUUUUGCCUAUCCUGAUGCCCAGAGAUACCGGCUCGGAGUGAACUAUGCACAGAUUCCAGUGAAUUGUCCCCACAAUACAAAGGUGGCAAACUAUGAGCGAGAUGGGCACAUGGCUAUGGGAAACAAUCAAGGAAAUAAGCCAAAUUACUAUCCAAACAGUGUUGGGGGUCCGGAACCAGAUCCUCAAUAUCGAGACAACGUUUUCAAAGUGUCCGGUGAUGUGGACAGAUACGAGGAUAAGGAUGAUUACAUGAUCCAGGUGCGUAAAUUCUAUAUGGAUGUUCUCAAGGAAGAGGAGCGUCAGAACUUGUGCAAAAACAUUGCAAGCAAUCUGGGGCAAGCAAACCAAACUAUCCAAGCGAGAGCUGUGAAGCUCUUCAACAAUAUAAACUUUGACUAUGGAACACGUCUACAGGAUGAGCUUGAUAAACUGAAAGCUCUGAAAGAAAAAAAGGCAGAAGAACAAAGAUCUACUGAAACACCUAAACUGCGUCAAUAUAAACUUCACUAACAUUAAGGCUUUUAACACCAAGGAAGUUGAUGUAAAUGAAUUACUCUUCGGAAUGUAAGAUCAUGCAAUAUUGGACCCAUGGCAUUCUGCAGAAUUUGGCAUCGCAAUGCAAUGACCAGCCUGCUGAGAGGAACGAUUUUCUUAUUCUACCAACGAGAAGAUCAAUUUUAUUCUUCUACCAAAAGCAAAUAUCCUGGCUGGAAUAAAUAGUCAAUAUAUUUAUUAAAUCACAAGAUAAAUGUGAUGUGUGAUUUUGUGUGAUAUGUUUUUGUAAAAAAAAAUGCCAGUUUCAAGAUAAAUAAGAGGGUCUUGAUUAACCUUAGAAAAUGUGUGUGGUGUUGAUGUACACUUUAAUAAUAAGUGUCUGAUAUCCAUAUUCUAUCGAUAUGGUUAAAGGGAGCAGGAAUCUUGAUUUUGCAGAAGGCCUUAAAACCGUAUAUUAUUUCUUGUUAAAGGGACAUUAUAGUCACCAGAAUCACUUCAGCUUAAUGUAGUAGUUCUGGUGUCUAUAGCCUGUCCCUGCAGGUUUUUCAAUGUAAAUACUGCCUUUUAAGGAAAGGGCAGUGUUUACAUUUCUGCCUAGUAACACCUCUAGUGGCAGUCACUCAGACUGCCACUACAGUUGCUUCCUAUCUCAUUGCUGCACAGUGUGCACUGUGGACAGCACCUACGCUCCCCACAGAAAUGCAUUGUAUUCAUUGUAUUUCUAUGAGGGGAUGCUGAUUGGCGCAGCGCUGCGUUUUGCCGAGCAUUCGCAAUAGCCUCUGAAAGUUUUCUUAUGGGAAAGCAAUGGAUUGGUUGAGAUAGUCAAGAUUGAUGAUAGCCAUGGAGGCAGGGCCAGCCACGACGAGACCGGUGCGACGAUGGAGAAAGGGUAAGUUUAAACACCUAAUAUGUGACUCUAAUAGGUAGUUCAGAACUAGUGUCAGGAAUACUUGUUUGUAAUUCUAACACCAUAGUGUUCCUUUAACAAUAUAUAAACUGCCAGAUCACAAACACCUUAUAUGAUAUUUUAAAGUCAAUAAUUAAUUUCCAGACUAAUAAUAAUUAAUUUCUGCUUUAUUUAAAGAUAAUCUUCAAGCAUUCUUAAGACUACAGCUACACCAGUUUUUGAUUACGUUGGGCAAAAACUAUUUUUGUUUUUUUUCUGGCAUCCAAAACCCACCCUCUGUGUUGAGGUUACUAUAAGUCAAUUUCCUUUUUUCUGAUUACCCAGCCAAAAUAUUUAGCAGGAUUUAGAUGAGCUGAAUUACAGUUAACGCCUUUGGCAUGCAAUAUUAAAGCACUCAAAAUA